GGAGCGAUGGAGAGAGAGCAAGGCUUUGGAGCAGAGCAGCUGAGCCUCAGUACUCUCAGUCUCUCUCCAGCGUGUGACCAAGCAACUUCGCUCAACCUCGAAUGAGAACACAUACGCACACACGCCUGCUCUGGAAGGACCCCCACCCAGACCACCCCAGCUCUCGCUCGCACCUCAAGGGCGGAGGGGGCACCCCCCGCUCUUUGGUCGUACCAUGCUGCCCUGGAAGAGGAGAAAGUUUGUGUUGGCUGGGGAUGAGUCCAAGAACAGGGCCAAGAGCCUGGGGCCGGGCCUUGCCUGCCACUCAUUGCUGUCUUCACUGCUGCGCUCGUGCCCCGACCUGCUCCCUGAGAGGCCCCUCCGAUGCCUGGCCGCCGUCUUCCAGAGCAGGCGAUGCAAGGUGGAGCUGAACCGCGAGGAGCCUGCCCACAGCGUGCGCUACCUGGGCAGCGUGGUGACCGUUGUGGCCAAGGGCGAGGGCUGCACACUGGAGGCUGUGGCCAAGCUCUGGGCGUCCAGCAACUAUGGGGAGCACAGCGCCAAGAUGAGGCUGACCGUGGGGCCCCACGGCAUCCGUAUGGGGGCGGGGUCAGGAGAGGGCGGGCGCAGGCGCCCCGCCCACCUCUACACAAUCAGCCGCAUCACGUACUGCGCGGCAGACCCUUCCCGGCCGAAGAUCCUGGCCUGGGUGUAUCGGCACCAGGUCAAGCACAAAGCCGUGGUCCUGCGCUGCCACGCUGCGCUGCUGGCCAAGGCAGAGAAGGUGCGCACCAUCGCCCUCAGCCUGCGCCAGAACUCAGCGUCUGCCUUCAGCGAGUUCAAGAGGCUCAAGCGGCAGAGCGACUUUCGCCAUCGGCAGCAGCAGCUGCUGGGCGACGACGUCGUGCCGCUCGUCCCCCUGCGCAGGCUGCUCAAAGGCCACUGCCACUACCAGCCCCUCGCCGACGGGCUCAGCAACGCCGCCCACCUCUCCUCCAUCACCGAGGAAGACGAGGAAGAGGAGGAGGAAGAAGAGGAGGAGGAGGGAGGAGAGGAGGAAGGCAAAAAGGAGGAAAAACAGAUCAGUGCAGAAGCACCAGAUCCCGUUCCUGAGAGGCCCGCCGAGCCAGAGCUGAGGUGCAUAGUUCACGGCCUGGACGAGUUCUCCAUCACCAUCCGAGAUGAGGAGCCGUCCCUCCGGAGCUAUCCCCGUGUGUCAGGUUCAGGAGUGGGAUCCCUGUCUGCCGGUUCAGAUUCUGCCGGUCGAAGAGCGCUUCCAGGACAUGCCUCAGCCACAGCACAGGAAGAUGCCCUGCGCUAACGAGCGACCUGCUGGCAGCCAGGGUGGACGGUGCCAAAGUUUUUUCUCGUAUUCUUUCCAAACUCUGCUCUGACUUCAAAGUUAAUUGAAGAAAUGAAGACCUUUGACCCGUUGUAUUGUCUCACCGCAAAUACGUAAAACCAGACCAUCCCAAAUUUGAUUGGACUGGAUGAUUAGGAAAGAGAGCAUUUGUGUAGUACGUGUGAUUUUCUACCUUCCCACACUCCCUGGCAUAUGUGACUAUGCUGUGUGACUGCACUCUGCCUGCAUGGUGGGGCUCCGAUGGGCUUGCCGGCAGCAGGAGGGGCCUGCAGCGGCACUAAUGAAUUAACCCAUGAUUUAGGAUAUCAGCCAUCAACGCGACGGGUUUACAGCUGCCCCUCGUUACAGCCCAUCUGAAUAGUGGAGACACUGCCUGGGCCACUUAUUGUACGGGGUUGUUAAAAGCUUUCCAGUUCUGCAGUCUCUGGUUUGCACUUCUGACACGACUGGGACCAAUAUAAGGAAAACAUGGGUGUAGUCUGUAUUUCGACAUGAUAUACAUUUCUGUAUGAAAAAAAAAUCUGGGCUGUGAUAAAAGGUAAAUGAGCUUUACUGUGUUUAUAGGUGAUGCAUUUCUUGUAUUUUCAAACGCCACAUAAAAACAGUGAUAUGACUCAUAGCCUACAGUUUACAUGUUUUUACUGAUCAAACAGUUGCUUUGUGCUAAUGUUCUGCACAUCUGCAGUUUCCAGCAGUGUCACGUGUCAGUAUGCUGUUGGCAUAACGGGAACUCUGAUAUGCCAACAGCAUUAAAUGGUGCAUUAUUAUAUGAAAAUAAAUAUUGUACUUUUCUCAUUAAA